CAGGAGGUCUUUUGCCUCAUGGGAAAAGUAUAAAUCCAAGCUUCGGGUCGUCGGUCUUUAGAUCUUCAGUUCUCACUCAACAAUCUCAUUUUAAUCACUACUUUCAAUUCUUUUCCGCUGGUCGGUUAAUCCAUUUCACAUCCUAUAUCUUCUUCAUCACAAUCAGUCGCCAGAAACAAACCCAGAAAAACCCUUUCUUCAACAAUCCAAAAUGCAGUUCUCUAUCACCGCCAUUGUUCUCGGCCUCGCUGCCUUUGCCUCCGCCGGCAUCGUCGACAUUGAGGGUGUGCGCAACGCCCCUCGCAGUGAUGUCCUGGUCACCCGUCAAAAUGGUCAGAACGGCGGCCGACCUGUCCCCAGCGGUGAAUGCUGUGUCGCCAACACCAGCCUGAAGCAGGACGCUUGCACUGCUUCCAACGGCCAAGCCGGUCGCUGUGUUCCCGGUGGUAACAACUGUGGUGGCCGACUUAGCUGCGUUGCACAGGCAAACCUGCAAUGUGAUGCCAACGUCAUUGAGCGCGGAAAGGAUCUUUGCCGCGCCAAGGCUGCUAAUGGUCUAUUUGAUGGUGGUAACAUCAUCCAGAACCUUAGCCAGGCUAAGGUCAACUAAGGGAGAGCUUGAGGUGGAAGAACGAUAGUUAGAGGGGGUUCUGGCGUUAAGGACCGAUGUAUGAAGGAGUUAUGGGAUCUGAAAUGGAUCUAUUAUAAAAGAAAUUAUUAUUUGGCCAA